AUGAGGGUGUGCACACGAACUGAGCACCCAGAAGCCCCCGAAGCUAUGGACAUGCCAACACCCGACGUCGAGGGGUACAAGGCCGGGAACACGAUGGUGUCGCUGAUCGCGGCGAACACGCCGGCGGAAGAAGGCACCAGCACCCUGCCUGGUGCUCGCGUUUGCGUUUGAGGUUGCCGCGAAGGUUGGCGCUGAGUACUGCCAUCACGACACCGCCCCGGAGCCAAUGCCGAGCAUGGCCCUCGCUGCUGCGAAGAAGGCGACGGUGUAGCAUCCGGGUCUGUGUGGGGUUUACCACGCUCACAUUAUAGCAGCCGUGCGGACCGAGGACGUGACAAGUCGAUCGGGCUCCACCGCUGCCAACAAGUUCCGCAACCAAGCGUGCUACGACGGGGCCAUGGCGAUGAAUGCGCGUGGGAAGGGAGUGCAGCUGAAGAGAGCAGAGUACUUCACGCAUGCCUGCCGGGCAGUGUGGCCUGGAAAUGAGGAAAUGGAGGCCUCUGUGGUGGAGGCAUUUAGAGAGUAAAUAGAGGUGCUGUCAUCAUCCUUCGCAACACCUCCACAUGUUGGCGUGUUGCAUUCAUGUCUUGAACGUCGUGGAUGAAGGCCGACUGAUUUGUAUGAGGACCUGCGGCCGAAUGUAUGUCCGUUGCUUUCAUUGUGUCUUGGUUUUUUUUUAUGCCGCAGCACUGACUGUCGUCGGGUAGGGUUAGGGGGAGAUGCGGGUUGUUGUCGUGAUGAAAGUAUGCAUGUAUGCGGAUGUGGACGUGGGCUUUCCAAGCAGGGUGCCGAGAAACAACCGCCCUGUCUUGAUGUAUGCUUUGAUUUUUGUAAAGGAACACCGCGUGAUGCGUGCUGGGAUGUGGAUGUGUAGGUACUACCUGAUCGGCAGCGCAUGAGGGUUGCAGCUGCACCGGUGGCUACACCCCGGUCUACAUGUACGGGCCCAAAGUUUGUCUGACGAUGUCGUAAUUUGGCUUAUUUUGUUGCUUUGUUAGCGGGCGCUUGCCUGCGAGAGCGUUGGACUCUUUUGUGUGUUGUUAUGCCCAGCAAUUGACACCAGCGAUGCCUGGCGUAUAGUCUUUCUCAAAGUGUGCACCCUUGUCGGGUAGUUGGCCUGUGACCAUGGUAGACGUGCGCGUCAGACGGGUACGGAUAUUAGAUGGCGCUGACCAGAGACUGCCGCUGUAUUUUCAUGUGAAGAAUUAUGAUAUGAACGACAGCAACGACAAAUUUCCUGGCGAAAGCAACAACGCUUCCAUGCGACAAGCACGGCCAUGAGGCAAGCGCUCGCGACAACAUGUGUCGAUUGUGCCCAAAGAACAUUUCAACAGGCAUUACACGACACGUGCCUCUUCGCUCUUGCCACCAUGAUAGGGAACGGCACGUGACAAACAGAGUGUCCGCGGUACCCAUAAAAGUUUGAGUGUAUACGUGUUGUUCAAUUUACGAUAGACAUGAGUCGUAACACCUUUCCGCAUUUUUUGCAUGCGCAAGACUUCUUCCAUUGGCGCAGGGCCUUGGCCCGCCUGUUGACACAUGAACCUACGCUUCCAUUCCAACCCGGAACGCUGACAUUGCUAACGCAUGCCGGACUAACCCUAACCCUGGCACCCGAGUAGCCAAUAAAGAGCAGGGGGUUGUACGAGGUACCCAUGAAGCCGUGGGAAUCCCUCCUGCCUCCUGCUUUUCUCUGCGUGUUUCGAGUGCAUACCAACCGCCGCAUCGGGCGGCAUCUUCACACCGUAGCAUGCAAACAAUGACAAUGACAACUCCGAUUCAACUAUCAGCUAGUCAAGCUACAGACAGAAGAUCGUUGCAACAGGGCUGCUUGUCGACUAACUUGAAUGGACCCCCCCCGAUAGUCUUCUGACGGUAACGGCGACCCAUUUUCUGGCACUUCAAAACACUUGCCUGGGACACACACAAUCACAAUGAAUUACUCG